ACUGCAUUCCAUAAUCAUUUUGAUACUUACACAGUCACUAUCACAUAUAUAUUCUUGUUCAUCUCAACUCCAUAAACUGAAAACAUGAACGUUAGACUCAGAGCUACCCUAAAUUCUCUCAACAUCGCCAAAUUCAUCCAAAUUCAGAAAAACCUCUCAAAGCCAACUCCGAAGCUCUGGUCUCAUGGCGACGACCCAAACGACGAAGGCGUUCACACGUUACGCCGUAGCCACCCCAUCUUGCUCACAUUGGACAAAAUCAACCCCACGCUGCAACAGGUCGACCAAGUUCAUGCCCAGCUCGUUGUUUCUGGAAACUUUCAGCACCCAAUGGCCUCCGGCCGGUUACUGAAAAAGCUUUGCUCUUCGAAACUCACACUCCCUCACGCUGUGAAGCUCUUUUCGUAUCUUGAAGAGCCUGAUGCUUUCCUAUGUAAUACGAUUAUGAGAGGUUACGUGAAUUUUGAUGAGCCCGAAAAGGCUUUAGCGUUUUAUUAUCAUCAAAUGGUUGAAAAGGGAAUCGUUCAGAAUAAUUAUACGUUUCCGACGUUAGUAAAGGCUUGCGCCGAUAUGGGAUUGCUGAGCGAGGGCGAGAAGGUUCACGCCAAUGUUAUAAAAUGUGGGUUUGAAUUGGAUUUAUAUGUUAGGAAUACUAUGAUUCACAUGUAUGCGGUUUGUGGUAGGAUUGGGGACGCACGGAAGGUGUUUGAUAUGAGUCCUGAAUCAGAUUUAGUGACUUGGAAUACUAUGAUUGAUGGUUAUGUUAAAAAUGGGGAAGUGCAAUUUGCCUGCCGGGUGUUUGAUAGUAUGCCUGUAAGAGAUGUUUUUAGUUGGAAUACAAUGAUUUCCGCUUACGCGGGGAUUGGGGAUAUGGAGACCGCAAAGCAGUUGUUUGAGGAGAUGCCUUCCAGAGAUAUUGUUUCUUGGAAUUGUUUGAUCGAUGGGUAUUCUCAAAGUGGAGAUGUCAUUGCUGCUCGGGCACUGUUUGAUCAAAUGGAUUACCGUAAUGUUGUUUCUUGGAAUAGUAUGAUGGCACUUUAUGUGCGGACAAAAGAUUGUAAUGAGUGUUUGAGAUUGUUCGAUAGAAUGAUGCAAGAAGGAGAUGUUAAACCAAAUGAGGCUACCUUAAUGAGUGUCUUGACGGCUUGUGCACACUUGGGGAGGCUAGACAGAGGUGAAUGGGUUCAUUCCUAUAUCAAAUACACCGAGAGAAUAAAGCCUGAUGUUUUGCUCUCAACCGCUGUGUUAACAAUGUAUGCAAAAUGUGGAGCGGUGGAUUUGGCUAAACGUGUGUUUGAUGAGAUGCCAGAGAAAAGUGUUGUAUCAUGGAAUUCUAUGAUAAUGGGUUACGGGGUACAUGGGAAGGGUGAGAGAGCUGUUGAAAUAUUCUUAGAGAUGGAAAGGCACGGAGUGAUGCCAAAUGAUGCUACUUUUGUGUGUGUUUUGAGUGCAUGUACUCAUUCCGGGAUGAUACUGGAGGGCUGGUGGUUCUUCUGGUUAAUGCAGAGAGUCUAUAAGAUUGAACCCAAGAUUGAACAUUACGGUUGCAUGGUUGAUCUCCUUGGUCGGGCUGGAUUGAUGAAUGAUUCUGAGGAGCUUAUCGGGAAGAUGCCUAUGGAGUCAGGUCCUGCACUUUGGGGAGCUUUACUAUCCGCUUGCAGGACCCACUCAAAUACAGAGCUCGGGGAGAUCAUAGCUAGGCAGAUGAUAAAAUUGAAGCCAGAUGACGUCGGGCCUUAUGUACUCUUAUCGAAUAUAUAUGCCACAGAGGGAAGAUGGGAUGAUGUAGAGAAUGUGAGAAAGAUGAUGGCUGAGAAGGGAGUACAGAAGGCAGCUGGAUCUAGCCUGCUCCAAAAAAUACUGCAAUCUUUUCCUUCAGAAUCCGAAUGAGUACUCUACUCGAUCUUGUCUAUAGUUUGUAUCCAUAAUCCCGUUGUGCUGAAUUUAAGCAGUAGCCGGGAUGGCAACGAGGUUGAUCAAGUUAAGAAAAAACUUGCCUAAAGGCAUAUGGUUAAGCUUUGAUUUUGAAGAUUCACAUCCGGUAGGUAUUCGGCCAAGUCAGUUGAGUUCAGCCCCUGGUUGAUUCAAGACGUGUCGCUGUGGCUUACCAUAGAGGGAUGUGGUUAAAUGGUUAAUGUCCACCUACUUAUUACCAAUUGGCUUUAAGAAGGAUAUGAAAAUCAGAUAACCAAAGAAGUGGUUAAGCGAAACAUAGCCGGCUCUCUUAUGAUCCUUUUAUCUGUAUAUUUUCCUAUCUUGUUUUAUGUUUUCUCUAAAUCUGGAUAUGUCAGGAUUUGACAGUGUUAUGCCUUUGGGGUGGAUCAAUUAUUUCAAUAGGUCUUCCAUAUCAACAUGUUGGUGAAGAGCCUUGCGGAUGAUUUAUCACUGCUUGUGGCUCUGGAUGAACAAGGUAAAGCUGAAUGUUCUCUCUAUAAAGAUGAUGUAGAUGGGUAUGAGUAUACUAAUGUCAAAUACUGAAGGAUUGUGGAAAAGGCCAAAGCACCGCUUACAGGAAAACUUGUGCUAUGGUAUGAUUACCCUCCUGCAAGUGAGUUUUUCACCGUCGAUUACAGUGACUAAUCCCCAUUGAGGAGAGGAGAAUUCUCCUGUUACUAAAUGUCCAUAGCCCCUUUCCUCAAUAACCUUUCUAACUGAGCUGAACCAUCAUAAUUUUGCUAUGAUUAGUGUACCUUGGAGCACCAUUAAUUUAUUUCAGGAUAAAAUGUAAUUUUAGUCCUUCAAUUGUUCU